UUCAAGCAAAAACUUCAUCUCAUGGACUAUAUGGAAUUCCAAACCAUGUUUUACAUUACAACCCCACUUGUGAUCUAAGAAUCCAGCCCCAAGCCUCCAACACUCAUGUCACAAAUUAAUCCACGCACUAAAUUCAUUGUCAAAUUUAAUUAAAUUCAAUUCAAAAUUCCCAAUAAAUAUCUACACAUUGAUUUUUCGUUUUUGUGUUCCACCAAAGCAUCAGCACCUUUCAGCCAUAAGUUUCUUAUUACUUCAUAUUUCUAUCCCUCUCCUCUGAAACACCCCCCAAAAAACUCAAGGCAUCAACCAUGGCAAAUCCUUUGCUUUCUUCAAGCUUUCUUAGCAAUGGCAUCCAAAUAUAUCCACCAACUCCCAAAACUACAAAACCCACUUUUGUUUUUUCACAUAAGAAGAAGCUUUUAAUCAAACAAUCUCUUCCCAAUUCAAAAAACCCUAAUUUCCCUUCAAAAUCAACUUUAACAGCUUUAAUUUUAUCAACAACUAUUGCUUCACAACAAGCGUUAGCACUUGAUAAUUUACCUCCUCCACAACCUCCUCAAGUAAUUGAAGCUCAACCCAAUGCAAAUAGUCUUUCAAAUUCAUCACCCUUUUCACAAAAUUUGGUUUUAAAUGCUCCAAAACCUUCAAAUUCUGACCUUCCAGAAGGUUCUCAAUGGAGGUACAGUGAAUUCUUGAAUGCAGUCAAAAAGGGUAAGGUUGAAAGAGUUAGAUUCAGUAAAGAUGGAGGUGUUUUACAAUUAACUGCUAUUGAUGGUAAAAGAGCUACUGUAGUUGUUCCUAAUGAUCCUGAUCUUAUUGAUAUUUUAGCUAUGAAUGGUGUAGAUAUUUCUGUUUCUGAAGGGGAGGGUGGAAAUGGGUUGUUUAGUAUUAUUGGGAAUUUGUUGUUUCCUGUUUUAGCUUUUGCAGGGUUGUUUUUCUUGUUCCGCCGGGCACAAGGUGGGCCCGGAGGCCCUGGUGGGCUUGGUGGGCCGAUGGAUUUUGGCCGAUCCAAGUCCAAAUUCCAGGAAGUACCUGAAACUGGUGUGACAUUUUCUGACGUUGCUGGUGCUGAUCAAGCUAAGUUAGAAUUACAGGAAGUAGUGGAUUUUUUGAAGAACCCUGAUAAGUACACUGCAUUAGGGGCAAAAAUUCCAAAAGGGUGUCUUCUUGUGGGCCCCCCUGGGACAGGGAAGACGCUGUUAGCGAGGGCGGUAGCUGGGGAGGCAGGAGUGCCGUUCUUUUCGUGUGCGGCGUCUGAGUUUGUAGAGUUGUUUGUUGGGGUAGGAGCUUCUAGAGUGAGAGAUUUGUUUGAGAAGGCUAAGAGUAAGGCACCAUGCAUUGUGUUUAUUGAUGAGAUUGAUGCUGUGGGUAGGCAAAGAGGGGCAGGACUUGGGGGUGGGAAUGAUGAGAGGGAACAGACUAUUAAUCAGUUGUUGACUGAGAUGGAUGGGUUUUCGGGGAAUUCGGGGGUGAUUGUUUUGGCUGCGACGAAUAGGCCGGAUGUUCUUGAUUCGGCUUUGUUGAGGCCGGGAAGGUUCGAUCGUCAGGUGACUGUUGAUCGGCCUGAUGUUGCUGGGAGAGUUAAGAUUCUUCAGGUUCACUCCCGUGGCAAGGCACUAGCAAAGGACGUCGACUUUGAAAAGAUUGCAAGGAGAACCCCUGGUUUUACCGGAGCAGACUUGCAGAAUCUGAUGAACGAAGCUGCUAUACUUGCAGCUAGGAGAGAACUUAAGGAAAUCAGCAAAGACGAGAUAUCUGAUGCUUUAGAGAGAAUAAUUGCUGGCCCAGAGAAGAAGAAUGCAGUUGUUUCUGAAGAGAAGAAGCGAUUGGUAGCUUAUCACGAGGCUGGCCAUGCCCUAGUGGGUGCUCUUAUGCCUGAAUAUGAUCCUGUUGCUAAAAUUUCAAUCAUUCCUCGUGGCCAAGCUGGUGGUCUUACAUUCUUUGCUCCCAGUGAAGAGAGAUUGGAAUCAGGCCUUUACAGCAGAAGCUACCUUGAAAACCAGAUGGCUGUUGCUCUUGGUGGCAGGGUUGCCGAAGAGGUGAUAUUUGGUGAAGACAAUGUUACAACAGGAGCAUCAAAUGACUUUAUGCAAGUUUCACGAGUGGCAAGGCAGAUGGUCGAGAGAUUUGGAUUCAGCAAGAAAAUCGGACAAGUUGCUAUCGGUGGAGGUGGUGGAAACCCGUUCUUAGGGCAGCAGAUGUCGAGUCAAAAAGAUUACUCGAUGGCAACGGCUGAUGUGGUUGAUGCUGAAGUACGAGAAUUGGUUGAUACAGCGUACAAAAGAGCGAAGCAGAUCCUCACGACCCACAUCGACAUCCUCCACAAACUUGCUCAGCUACUCAUGGAGAAGGAGACAGUUGACGGUGAAGAGUUUAUGAGUCUAUUCAUCGAUGGAAAGGCUGAAUUAUAUAUAUCUUGAAGCUUGAAGCUAUUAAUACCCGAAUUCGAUUAGAAAAUACAUAUUUCAUAUUUGAAAAUAUGAGAUGAUUUUCAUUGUACAAAAUUGAAUGUUCUGGCUUUUGCUAUACGUUUAGCUUUUUCCAUACUGUAGAUUGAAUAUAUGGAGUAUAUAAGCACCCAGAAGUUCAAAGGGUUGAAGCUAUCACAAAA